AGCGGUUGGUUGCCUUACUCCUGUCAGUCAGAGGAACGGGUUCCACAACUGGCGCGCGGCUGUUCCCUCCGACUUUACUUAGCAGGGCGUCUGCGUGUCAGCUUGCUGUUGGCUGCGAGAGUAUCUCGAACUUGUAGGUGAAACAUGUCGGAGAGUAACCUAGUUGCGCGUAGCGACGUAGACGAGGAGCAGGUUUCUGGUGCUGAAGUCAUCGCACAGGCCCUGAAAACGCAACAUGUGGAGUACAUGUUUGGCAUCGUGGGUAUCCCAGUGACCGAAAUCGCCAUUGCGGCCCAGAAGAUGGGCAUCAGAUAUGUCGGGAUGAGGAAUGAGCAAGCGGCUUGUUACGCUGCCUCUGCGAUUGGAUAUCUGACAGGCAGGCCAGGCGUAUGCCUUGUUGUUUCUGGCCCAGGUCUCAUCCACGCGUUGGGUGGUAUGGCAAAUGCAAACAUGAACUGUUGGCCCUUGAUUGUGAUUGGCGGUUCUUCUGAAAGAAGUCAGGAAACUAUGGGAGCCUUCCAGGAGUUUCCUCAGGUUGAAGCUUGUAGAUUAUAUAGCAAGUUCUCUGCCCGGCCAAGCAACAUAGAGACUAUUCCCUCUAUUAUCGAGAAGGCAGUAAGAAGCAGUACUUAUGGUCGUCCAGGUGCCUGUUAUGUUGAUAUACCUGCAGAUUUUGUGAACUUGCAGGCGAAUGUGAAUUCUAUAAAGUUCAUGGAGUGCUGCCUGCCCCCUCCUGUUAGCAUGGCAGAACCCUCUGCUGUGUGUGCCGCAGCCUCUGUUAUUAGACAUGCCAAGAAGCCCCUUCUUAUCAUCGGCAAAGGUGCCGCUUAUGCCCAUGCAGAGGAGGGUAUCCGGAAACUGGUAGAGCAGUGUGGGUUGCCAUUUUUGCCCACCCCCAUGGGAAAGGGGGUCAUUCCUGAUAACCAUCCUAACUGUGUAGGUGCUGCCAGAUCCAGGGCUUUGCAAUUUGCUGAUGUAAUUGUGUUAUUUGGUGCCCGAUUAAAUUGGAUUUUGCAUUUUGGACUGCCUCCAAGAUACCAGCCACAUGUGAAGUUUAUCCAGGUUGAUAUCUGUGCAGAAGAACUGGGGAAUAAUGUAAAGCCUGCUGUGACUUUGUUAGGAGACAUAAAUGCCAUCACUAAACAGCUUCUAGAACAAUUUGAUAAAACACCAUGGCAGUAUCCUCCAGAGAGCAGCUGGUGGAAAACUCUGAGAGAAAAAAUGAAGAGCAAUGAUGCCGCAACCAAGGAAUUAGCUUCCCAAAAAUCCCUGACUAUGAAUUAUUACACUGUGUUCUAUCAUGUUCAAGAACAACUACCCAGAGACUGCUUUGUGGUUAGUGAAGGAGCAAAUACUAUGGACAUUGGACGCACUGUGCUUCAGAACUACCUUCCUCGUCACAGGCUUGAUGCUGGUACUUUUGGAACAAUGGGAGUUGGUUUGGGCUUUGCCAUUGCAGCUGCUUUGGUGGCUAAAGAUAGAAACCCAGGGCAGCGGGUCAUCUGUGUGGAAGGAGACAGUGCAUUUGGGUUUUCGGGCAUGGAAGUGGAAACCAUCUGUAGGUACAACUUGCCCAUCAUACUUUUGGUGGUGAAUAAUAAUGGAAUUUACCAAGGUUUUGAUGCAGAUAGUUGGAAGGAAUUGUUAAAAUUUGGAGAUGCUACUGUAGUGGCCCCUCCAGUCUGUCUUUUGCCGAACUCACAUUAUGAGCAGGUUAUGACUGCGUUUGGAGGCAAAGGGUAUUUCGUACAAACACCAGAAGAGCUCCAAAAAUCACUGAGGGAGAGCUUGGCAGACACAACUAAACCUUCUCUUAUCAAUAUCAUGAUCAAGCCACAAGCCACACGGAAGACCCAGGAUUUUCACUGGCUGACACGCUCUAAUAUGUAAAGAUGUGUGGGAAUGGUCUUGAGUUUUCUUUCUUGUAAGAUGGAAUUUUAUUUUCCACAGCAAAAUUACUAAAAUGUUAAAAUUAUUAU